AUGAAGUUGUCUCUUUGUGCCUCGUUUUUGCUCGGUGCAUCCAUGUUGGCGCCCGCCACAUUGGCUGACACAGAAUACUUUAAUUCGCCCCAAGCCGGUUCCGUUUACUACCCUGGUUCAAAGGUCGUCUUUACUUUGGACAAGAUUAAUGAUGACGAAGACAAGGUCAUUUUUGCCAAAUUCACUUCAUAUGUCGAUACCAUCAGCACAUUCUACGGCGCCAACAUUGGCGAUGACAAUAGUGACUUCACCUUCAUGUGGACCGUGCCUAAACUUCCCGCGGGCAAGUACCAUGUGCAAAUGGAUGAACAGCAGAUUGACAAAGUUACUCAGAGCCAACAGGGCGAUUCGGGUGACCAAGAUGACUUGACAAGAAGUCGAACUUUCUUUAUCGUGUCUAAUGCAGAUGCUGCCGCUGCGACUACUCCUAGUGGUAUAACUAAUACAUAUGGUCAACAACAACAAGCCCCUUCUUCAGGUGCCAAGGUUCCUCAAGAACAACAACAAUCAACAUCGCAACAACAGUUGCAACCAGAGCAACAAGUGGUACAGAGCACAUACCAACAGCCUCCACAACAACAAACAGUACAACAACAUCCCCCAGGAUACCGUAUGGGUCAACAACAGCCAUCUGUUACUACUACUACCACUAUCACUAAUACUCCUGUUGCUGUGGCAAACAAUGCUCUUCGGAAACGUCAGGAGACCAAAGAUAAGAUUCGUGCCGCCAAACGACAAUAG